CCCCACAAUACGUACCUCAAAAUUAUUUCAUUACUAAAAAAUUUAUUUCUCAAUAGAGAGUCUCCCAAACUCUAUCCGAUUUCUAGGGUUUGUGUAACCGGAAAAGAGGUAAAGAGAAGAGAGAGAGAGAGCGAGAAAACGAUGUCGUCGAGGAAGAUAACGCUGAAGAGCUCGGACGGAGAGACGUUCGAGGUGGAGGAAGUGGUGGCGUUGGAAUCUCAGACGAUAAAGCACAUGAUUGAAGACGAUUGCGCCGACAAUGGAAUCCCUCUGCCGAACGUGACCAGCAAGAUCUUGUCGAAGGUCAUCGAGUACUGCAAAAAGCACGUCGAGACCCCGAAAGCCGAGGACCGUGUCGCCUCUGCCGAUGAGGAGCUCAAGAACUGGGACCUCGAGUUUGUCAAAGUCGACCAGGCCACCCUCUUCGAUCUCAUCUUGGCUGCAAAUUAUCUGAACAUCAAGAGCUUGCUGGAUCUGACUUGCCAAACAGUGGCAGACAUGAUCAAGGGCAAAACACCUGAGGAAAUCCGCAAGACGUUCAACAUCAAGAAUGACUUCACACCCGAGGAAGAGGAGGAGGUUCGCAGGGAGAACCAAUGGGCCUUUGAGUGAAAAAAGUUAUAAAAAUGAGCAGAUUGUUUUUACUUUUUUGUGGCUUAUGUUUUACUCUUGUGCUGAGGAAAGGGGUGGUUGUUUCCACCUUUCUAAGACCUUCUAGUUAUUCAAGUACUGUUCUAGGUGUCUCUGCUGUAAAACAAUGUUUGUUUUGCUUAAACCUUACCCACUUCCCUUUCCUCCACAUUUAGUUGCGAAAUAUGAUGUUUAAUGGAUCUCUUUUAUUAUGUUAAUAUGAUAAUAUGUUGCUUUUUCUCC